AUGAUAGGGAUAAACUGGGAGCUCAAAUUCGGUGCUGCGGUAUCAGAUCAUAAUUUUGUUGGCGUAUGCAAAGAGCUGAAUGAACAAUUGGUUACACUUCAUGAAAAAAUUCAUGAUCUCAAGCGAAACUACGAACAUCGCGAUAAAAUGUCGCUGCCAGCGCAAAUAGAUAUGGAUUUAUCUUUGGCGUUAGCAUUAAACAGUUUGUAUUGGAUUCAGUUAAGGAUAGAAGGAGUAGAUUUAAGCGAUCACCCAAUUAAACAUGAGUUAAUCAGACUACAAAAAGCUAUGAAACGAUGGCGGCAAAUACAAGAUAGUAAAAAAAGACCCACCAUGGAUAUUGCAGCGGCGAAAAGAUUUAUUGCGAGUGGACUAAAUGAAUCAUCUGUAUUACAACCAGCUAACAAAAAGAAAAAAUUAGAUUAG